AACGUCACUAAAAUAUUGUCGUCCACGAAUUUAGUUCGGUGAAGUAAUGUAGAAUUGUAUAUAUCGUCAAAACCUAUUAAAAAAUAGUUUUAUUGUUAUAAAUAACUUACUAUAGUACGCAUUUAUUGUUUCGUGAAGUAUCAAGAUGCUGACGCUGAAAGACAGACAAAUAAAUGCAAUCAAGCAAAUGCUUAAUCUUAACCAGCCCCAAACUAAGACGUUGGUUGCCGAACCGGUAUGGAAACUGCUUAUCUAUGAUCGUAUCGGGCAGGACAUUAUAUCACCCCUGAUCGCUAUCCGGGAACUGCGGGAAUUAGGCGUAACGUUACACAUUCAGCUACAUUCCGAUCGAGAUUCGAUACCAGACGUUCCGGCUAUCUAUUUUUGCGUUCCGACCGAGGAGAAUUUGGGUCGCAUAGCGCAAGAUUUCCAAAAUGGAUUGUAUGAUGUAUAUCAUUUAAAUUUUAUAUCGCCUAUAUCCCGCCAGCGAUUGGAAGAUUUGGCUGCUGCUGCACUGCAUGCUGGUUGCGUAGCAAACAUACAUAAAGUUUAUGACCAGUACGUCAAUUUUAUCACGCUGGAAGACGAUAUGUUUGUGCUGAAACAUCAGAAUAGUGAUCUGCUCUCGUAUUACGCUAUAAACCGUGCAAACACACAGGACUUCGAAAUGGAAAGUAUCAUGGAUAGCAUUGUUGAUAGUCUGUUUUCGGUUUUUGUUACGUUAGGCAAUGUUCCAAUCAUCCGCUGCCCAAAGCAUACAGCCGCUGAAAUGGUUGCUCGCAAGUUGGAGAAGAAACUGCGGGAAAAUCUAUGGGACGCGCGAAACAAUCUGUUCCACAUGGAUGCUACUCAGACAGGAACGUUUAGCUUUCAACGACCACUGCUGAUAUUGAUGGACCGGAAUAUGGAUAUGGCCACUCCGUUGCACCACACCUGGACCUAUCAAGCACUGGCACAUGAUGUAUUGGAACUGUCACUGAACCGAGUAAUCGUGGAAGAUGAUAACGAAAAGGCGGCUUCAACAGGGGCCAAGUCAAAAAUGAAGGCGUGUGAUUUGGAUUCAAGGGACAAAUUUUGGACAUCGCACAAGGGUAGCCCGUUUCCGACGGUUGCCGAAGCGAUACAGGAAGAGCUGGAACAGUAUCGGUCAUCGGAAGACGAAAUCAAAAAGCUAAAGUCUACCAUGGGGAUCGAUGGUGAAACAGAUGUGGCAUUUUCAAUGGUCAACGAUAACACGGCAAGGCUGACAAGUGCAGUCAACUCACUACCACAGCUGAUGGAGAAGAAACGUCUGAUUGAUAUGCACACCAAGAUCGCUACUUCGAUACUAAACUUUAUCAAAACUCGACGGCUGGAUUCCUUUUUCGAGCUGGAGGAAAAGAUCAUGUCAAAGCAGGCGCUUGAUAGGGCUUUGAUUGAGGUGCUUCGUGAUCCGGAAUUUGGUACACCAGAGGAUAAAAUGCGACUAUUCGUUAUCUACUAUAUCUGCAGCAAUGUGGCUGAGGCAGAAUACCAACGGCUGGAACAGGUGUUGAAAGAGUGUGGCUGUGAUCUGGCACCGAUGCCGUACGUACGAAGGUGGAAGAGCAUUAUGAAAAGCACAGUUUCAAAUCCGAAUCAGUAUGAAGGUAGCGGCACAAAAACGGUAUCAAUGUUCUCUAAGUUGGUUACUCAGGGUUCGUCGUUUGUGAUGGAAGGAGUGAAGAAUCUAGUCGUCAAGAGGCAUAACUUACCGGUUACGAAAAUCACCGAACAGCUGAUGGAGUGUAGAGCGGGCGGUGAAGUAGACGACUAUCUCUAUCUGGAUCCAAAGCUGCUGAAAGGUGGUGAUGUGGUGCCAAAGAAUCGUGCCCCAUUCCAGGAUGCCGUUGUCUUCAUGAUCGGCGGUGGGAACUACAUCGAGUACCAAAACUUGGUGGACUUUAUUAAAACGAAACAGACGGCCGCCGGCAAUAGGAGGAUUAUCUACGGCGUGUCAACACUGACGAACGCGAAACAGUUCUUAAAGCAGCUAUCGUUGCUUGGCCAGGAGAUUGGCGGGUCAUAACGGGAUAGAAUAAUUCGAGGGGCCGGUUAGGGUUUAGUUGACGGAGCAUAGUUAUCGAGGUUCUAUAUUUAUGCGAUAAUCGUUGCAUUGUCUGUUUUGUAGCUAUUCAAAAUAUUUCGCAAUAAAAAUAUACUUUUCAACCACGCAAUGCCAUCUCUA